AGUGAUGCGCACUGACAGGUGGCACUGACUGGCACUGAUGGGUGACACUGAAAGGCAGCUCAGAUGGGGCACAGAUAUGUGGCAUUGAUGUGCACUGGUAGGCACUGAUAUGUGGCAUUGAUGUGGCACUGAUGGGCACUGGCAGGUGGCAUGGAUGAGCACAGAGAGCUGGCACUGAUGGACACUGACAGGUGGCACUGCUGGGGCUACACAGAUCAUCAGGGCACACUGAUCAUCAGUGCUCUGAUGAUCUCUGUCAGCGUGACAGCUCGUGAGGAGAGAAAUGCCGAUAACCGGCAUUUCCCUGUUUACAUGCGAUCAGCUGUGAUUGGA